GCUUUUAUGGCUCGAUGAGCUGGGCCUCCUAGUCUUAGAUGAUGAUAGGCCCAUGAAUGUUUGGUAGGCAUCGCUGCGGAAAACAAGAGAUUGAAGGCUUCUGUUGGGUGGACUGUGAAGAGAGAGUCUGAGAAAGGCGGUUGUCUAAUCGGAACGGGAACGGAUGAUGGCAUCGAUGUGCCUCUGCUUGCCGUAUGCUUCCACAACCUUAGUACUGGCUUCCGCGGCAUCUUCUUCAUCGUCACCGAGCCACAGUUGCAGAUGCUCUUUUAUCGUCCCUAAGCCGGCUUUUUCUUCCGUUUCUAGUAGUAAUUCCCGGAGGAGAAAGAUGCAGGUGGUGCGUAUGGCACCGGAAGAAGAGAAACUGACUCGACGAAAUCCUCUUGAUUUCCCUAUCGAAUGGGAGAGGCCGAAGCCUGGGCGUAGACCUGAUAUAUUUCCCCAGUUUAGUCCUAUGAAAACACCAUUACCUCCACCAAUGCCACAUGAUCCUCCAGAAGAGGAUGAAGAGUUUGGAGAAGAAGAAGAGGAAGAGAAGGAAGUGGAGGAAGAACCUGAGAAGGAAGAGUAGGAGAAUCUUGCAAAGUGGAGCAUUCAAUUGGCAGCAGGCAUGGGCCUUGAACUCAUUCAAUUUUGUUGUAUUAGUUUUAAGUAUUUUUUACAUGCUUAUAUAACAUGUUGAGAGCUAAUGAAAUGGUUAUAAUCAACCAAUUGGAGUAUUGUGUUUCAGCUUGAAUGAUUAUCUAAAUGUUUUCUUAAUCAACCAAUUGGGUUUUUCUGGCUAACAGGAAAGUUAGGCUUUAUUCCUGUUUUGGUUGCAUUUUGUGAGGGUUUCUGAAUUGAAAUAAUUUUUUUAGUUAUAG